GUUCUUAUGUGUACAAUAAAAAAGAUCAAGUCAAGUAGAUUACCUCUGCCCGUUCACAAACAACAGUCUAAAGUCUAAAGAGGGGCUUAAACCUUAGAAAUAAGCCAACGCAAUAUUUGUUUGGGACAAUUUCUUUUAGUUCUAACAGAGACAAUCCAGGAUCAUUCCUCCUUGCGUUCGAUUUUUCGUUCUGUUUACCCUGGUUACCAUGGACACGGGUUCCACACAGAUGACAAGUUUCAGUCCGUGAACUAGGUAAGAAAAUUUGUUUUCUCUUUUUAAAACGAAGAAAAUGGGUUGAAAUACUAGUAAAAAGUCACAAGUCUUUGCCUAGUUUUACGUCUAGCUGUUGUGUACACACCACAAAUGUAGUAAGAGCUCUUAAAAGUCCGAAGGUUUUGGCUACACAUAUGUAUAAAGCAGGAACAAAUUCAUUCUGCUGUUCGGGACUAACUUUUCAAGGUCAAUUCUACACUUAGUAGAAGGGAGUAAGUUUUGUUUGUAAAUGUUGAUAUAUCUGAUAUGUUGAAAUAUCUGCAAGCAUAUUAACGUAUUGUAGCUGUGGAUUAAAUCGGAGACACUAAGAAAUAUCUAACAGAUUUUGACUUUUUUUACGCCCCGUACUUUCUAGGUCUGACGUUCUGACAAGUCGAGAAUUUGCGACAGUUUGUUUUCUGAACUUCCGAAGUGUACGCGACUGUGUCGACGUAAGGAAAGAUGACAACGUUGUCAAAAGAAGACGGGAGAACUGUUGAGCGAAAGAUGAAGCAGAGUCAGGGAGGAGAAGCAGCAACCUCCUUUAGCCACAGUCUGAGGAGAGAUACUGGUACAGUACAGGAGACCCUGUAUGUUCUUCACAAAUUGUUUCUCAAGAAAAGGGAAGAUGGCUCUCCAUUUAACAGGGAGGCUGCAGAGCUUCUAGAGCUGGCUCAAGAGCAAGCUGAAGUUGCUGAGGAUGACCUGGUCAGGACGUCCUUCCAUAAUGCAGAACUGCAGAUGCUGCUAACUGAUGAGAAGCUGGUGGCUGCAGAGCUUCUUGAGCUGGCUCAAGAGCAAGCUGAAGCUGCUGAGGAUGACCUGGUCAGGACGUCCUUCCAUAAUGCAGAACUGCAGAUGCUGCUAACUGAUGAGAAGCUACAAGCAGAUGAUGCAAAGGUCCAGCAUGAAAGGGAGCUCUCUCAGGCCCAUGCAGACCUAGAAAUGGCCAUCUGCGACCUACAGGAGGAAAAAAACAGGAGUGCCCAGAAGCACCUCGAGAUUGACUGUUUGAAGGCACAGGUGUCAGUCCUGAAGUCAGGAGGGGCCCGUUUCAGCAGUAGACAUGAAGCCAGAGCCCACAUCUCACUUGAAGAGGCAGAAGGGAUGGCAUACAGGAUCGCAGAGCUGGAAGUCCUGUUGGAGGAACAGAGGAAUGAAAACAUCAAGCUGACAGCACAGUUACAACAGUCUAAAGAAGAGAGGCUGCCAGCUGUCACAGAACAACAAGACCCCUCUUUCCUGCCUGAGUGCUUCCUAACCCACUGCCCCUCACCUAUUGAUGAGGAAGAGAUGCUGCCAGCAGACAUGGAACGCAAAGAGGACUCUUUCCUGCCUGAGUGCUUCCUGGCCCACUGCCCCUCACCAAUGGACGACAAGGAUAAUAUGCUGCCAGCAGACAUGGAACGCAAAGAGAACUCUUUCCUGCCUGAGUGCUUCCUGGCCUACAGCGCCUCACCAAUGAAUGACAAUGAGGAAGGGCUGCCAGCAGACAUGGAAUGCAAAGAGGACUCUUUCCUGCCUGAGUGCUUCUUGGCCUGCAGCGCCUCACCAAUGAAUGACAAGGAUGAUAUGCUGCCAGCAGACAUGGAACGCAAAGAGGACUCUUUCCUGCCUGAGUGCUUCUUGGCCUGCAGCGCCUCACCAAUGAAUGACAAUGAGGAAGGGCUGCCAGCAGACAUGGAAUGCAAAGAGGACUCUUUCCUGCCUGAGUGCUUCUUGGCCUGCAGCGCCUCACCAAUGAAUGACAAGGAUGAUAUGCUGCCAGCAGACAUGGAAUGCAAAGAGGACUCUUUCCUGCCUGAGUGCUUCCUAGCCCGCUGCCCCUCACCAAUGGAUGAUGAGGAGGAGAUGCUGACCUAUGACAUGAACAUGGACAUUGCUCCCCUCUUGGAAGAGCUGCUCAUCAACUCCAGCUCUCUCCUGCAAGCAGAUUCAGUGGCAGCCUUAGAUCAGGAGUCGCAGGACAUUUUGUGUCUAUCUGAACUGCUGAGUUCAACGUCUCCUGCGAGCUUGACAGCAUCGUGUGAUGGACGUCAGGCAAAAUCUCAAGACACCAAAAUGGUAAAGUCGCAAGCUUCAGUGAACAAGGUGACAUGCAGUGGACUUCUUCGGUCUAUGCUACAAGAGGCGCAUGAGAUCUUGUGUCUUAGUGAAAAGUUGAGCACACUGUCAGCUCACCAUGACAAGACAGAGCCAAUCAAAGUGAAGAAUGGCCAGGUUGUGAAGACAGAGCUUCCCACAGAGGCGACCUACUGGACAACAGUGGAGCCUUGCCAGGGGUCAUGUUGUUACACAACCACUUACAUCAGCAGCAACAAGGACAUUACAGUCUACCAACAGCUGUGAACUGUUCCACUGUUCUGUAAUGAAUUGUUCGUGAUAUGAAAGCAUAUGCUGUCAAAGUGAUAGUAUGAUGAUAUAUUCCAAUGUGUUUUCCCGAGGUCUUAUUUGUAAACAAGGAGAGAUCUGACAACAAUUUUAUCAAGAAAUGAAAAAUAUAUAUUUGUAAGCAAGGAGAGAUCUGACAAUAAUUUUAUCAAGAAAUGAAAAAUAUAUAUAUACUGUAAGUACAAUCUUAUCAAAUAUUUUCAACAUGCGAGAUGCUCUAUUUUCAAGCCAAGCAAUCUUAUGUGAUGUUGUUUGUCACAAUUGCUGUGAAGGAGACAUGCAAUCUGACAAUACAAUGUGUGAAGUGUGUACAGGGCUGCGCUGUAUUCCUUGUUCUCACAGUUUAUGGCUGCUACACAUUUUAUGACUAGUCUUUACAUUGAACGAUCUUAUUGAUACGUCUAUAACUGCAGGCUAUGCUGAGUCAGAGGUU